UUGCUAUCUGAUGGGAGCAGAAAUGUUAGAACUUCAAAAUGCAAUGGAAGAAAAUUGGUUUGAUAACCAGAUUCCAUUACGAGGUCAUUCGUCUCAGAUCUGGCUUGGUGCAAGUGAUAUUCAACAGGAGGGAAAAUUUAUAUCGGUCUCUAAGGCUGAGAGUCUUCAUUAUAGCCAUUGGGUAAGAGAACAGCCAGAUAACCAAGGAGGAAGAGAGCACUGUAUGACAUACUGGGUAUCUCCAAAAGGAAUGAACGAUGCACCAUGUGACAACAAGUAUAAUUAUGUAUGCAAAAAAUGAAAAUGAAAACAAUUAUAACUCAUA